CUGUUUAGUCGUUGACUUAUUGACUGUUUACGAACUAUUUUUCAAUAACUUUUAAUUAAAGUAAUAAUUCAGUUUCAUUGAAUGUCAUAUGACUGGAAACCAAGUUGAAAAUAUUAAUCGCAGUGUUCAGAAACAGCGUAAUUUCAUUAUAUUGAUGAUAGAUGUGUUGAGAUGAAAAUGGUUCGAGCUGCUCCGUUGAUCGGGGCAAAGUCAAGGUCUGGUGCUUUGCCCUCAAAGUGUGGAUCUACUCUGAACAUGGCAGCUAAUAUAAAAGUGGUGGUUCGCGUCCGCCCUUUGAACGAAAGGGAAAAAGCGGCAAACAACCGUGUGGUGGUCGAUGUUGUCGACGAUACUAUGUUAGUUUUUGAUCCCAAGGAAGAAAUGCGUCCGUUUUUCUACCAAGGCGUCCAGCAGCCAACAAAGAAUGUGUUACGCCGAGUGAAUAAGGAGUUGAAGUUUGUAUUUGACAAUGUUUGUGGCCAGACAGCUAGUAAUAAGGAUAUUUUUGAGUUGACUACUAAAGAUGUUUUGGCGUCACUGAUGGAGGGGUACAACUGUUCAGUAUUCGUGUACGGCGCGACGGGAGCGGGCAAGACCUUCACAAUGAUAGGCAGUAAGGAGAACCCGGGGAUAACAUACCUGACUAUGGAGCAUCUCUUCUACACUAUACAUUCCUUUGAGAAGGAGAGAGAAUUUGACAUUGGUGUUUCUUAUAUUGAAGUCUACAAUGAAAAUGUGUUUGACCUGCUCAAACCCUCUAAAACCCCCCUCCAACUCCGAGAAGACUCAAAGUACGGAGUGAUGGUGGCCGGCAUGACGCUAGAGAACAUCAACACUGCCCGGGAGCUGCUGAAUAUGCUGGAGAAUGGGAACAAGAACAGAACCCAGCACCCAACUGACGCUAAUGCAGAGAGCUCGAGGAGUCAUGCAGUGUUUCAGGUGUACAUAAAAAUGCGGUACAAAACCACCGGCCAAGCCCGCGUCGUAAAACUGUCCAUGAUUGAUUUGGCGGGCAGCGAGCGCGCGUCCGCCACAGGCUGCAGCGGCGAGCGGUUCAAAGAGGGCGCUAAUAUCAACCGGAGUUUGCUAUCGCUGGGGAACUGCAUCAACAAGCUUGCUGACGGGAGCAGCUACAUACCUUACAGGGACUCGAAGCUCACGCGCCUCCUAAAGGACAGUCUCGGCGGCAACUGCAAAACUGUGAUGAUUGCAAACAUCUCCCCCGCCGCCGCGACUUAUGAAGACACCUACAACACGCUCAAGUACGCUGCGCGCGCUAAUAAGAUACAGCUAAGUAUCAAGAAGAACGUAGUGGAUGGCGACAUGAAACUCUCGCAGUACGUGAAGACAGUGGAAGAAUUGAAGAGGAAAGUUAAGGAAUUGGAGGCCAAGCUCUCGUUAAGUAGUGUGGCACCUCCAGUAGUUAAGGAGCAGCCCAACUUGGCCAAGGAGAAAGCACGAGCGGAGUGGCGCCGUCGUAUCCUGGAAGGAGAGAAGUUGCACGUCGCUUGCGAGAUGCAUCUACUAGGCCUGCGAACAAGGGGCAAGGUGCUAGCGCUGCGACACCGCCUGCGCUCGCGUGCUUUUACGCACGUAGCCGACUUGGCGCAUAGAUCCUCAAACGAGGCCAUUGAACUGAUGGUCACAGAAGACAUCCCCCGCCAAGAGCGCGCCGCCGAAAGCUACGAGAAAAAGGCCCAAAAUUUAGACGAGAAAAUACUCGCAGCACAAACCAAAUGCGACGAGAGCUGGCAAAGGUUACAAACUACCUUAGAACAAGCUGCCACUGAAUGCCCAGACCUAAGAGACUUCACAGACAAAGUCAUCCUCCAAAGAGAACUAAGACUAACCAAAGCGAGUGACAACCUCAGACACAAGCUGCUUUGGAUACAGAACAAGGAAAUCAACAUGUUCACAGAAUACAUGAGCGAAAUGCCCAGCAUGCUCAGAAAACUAUAUCUAACCUUAAAAGGAUACGAUAAAGUACCUCCAGCGUUAGCUACAGAAUACAUAGAUCUUAUGAAAAAAGCUAAAUCUAUGAAAUCUAUAUCCUGGGACACGGAGAAUGAGUGUAACGACCCACAUUUCAAAUCUAUUUCUUGCCUAAAUAUUAACGAAGAUGAUGUGCAGAGUAAAUUGAACUCUAUAGUCGAUAUAGUCACGGAUAGCGAUGACCUAACCGAUGCAGAGAACCGUGAAGUCUCGCCGAAGAAACGCAAGGGUACGCCUAUAAAGCUGGCCAAUAACGAGACUAUAGUCAUCGAUGAUUCCUUCGAGAAUUUAGAUGCGACGAGAACACUGAACUCGGCUAAAAAGGUGAAGCGAGAGGCUGAUGUGGUGUCUGAUAUAGAAAAUGCUGGAGUUAUAGAUCCAAACGACUUGAACUCCACUUUUGUGUUGGCCGGUAAAAUGGAGGCGUUGAAAAAACCAAAAUUGGAGCCUAAUUUGAAACUGAAUGUGAAGCAUGAACCUGUGUAUUUGAAGCGAGGACUGACGGACAGGACAAAUGUACAGAGGACCAUUAAUUUUAAUGACAAAGUAUCCAUGGUGAAGCCGGUAGUGGGCAAGGCGCUGCCGCUGCGGCGCGCCGCGGCGCCGCGUGCGCCGGGCUUCGGCUCCAGCCUGGCGCGCGACGGCACGCCACUCACGAGGAACACGCAAGCGAGCGAGAAGGUUGUCGGGUAUAAAUCCAUGCGUGCGAGAGAGAGGGUCGCCGCUCAUCCUUACUCGCGGCCGCGUCGGUGAUACGAGAGCUGAAAGGGCGCGUGUUCAAAAGGAAAUAUGCGAGCAAAGUACUUUAUAAGCUGUGACUUCCACAUUCAGAGUUGUAACAUAGUUUAGUUCAAAUAGUAACUGCAAUUAGGUUAGAUCGGUCGCCGCAUGCAUAUCAAAGGUUGCCAGGCAACCGACAUACCGACCGCACUUCGUGUAUCCUAUCGCGGGUAUUAAAAUGACAGAGGGUUCAACCAUUUUGUCCAACCGAUUUGUCAGGAAAGCAGGAUCAUUGGGUAGGUUACAGAUGUUGUGCAUAAUUGUUUUCCAUCGUAUUUUCUCGGAAACGUUCGUAUCUGUCAUGCUACUUCAGUCAACCUCAGUACUUUUUGUAACGAAUCCGACUGAAAUAGCAAGACACGAACGCUUUGCGUGAAAAUACGAUGGAAAAUAUGCACUACUAAUUAUUAGAUAGCAUAAUUAUGCACUACAUAUGUAGUAAAUUGGCAUGAAACUGGUCAAACGAAUUGUCAUUUUAGUAUCAUGAGUCACUGGCAGUGUCAAAACUGACAUAUACGCUAACGUCUACUCAAUUUAGUUUCUAUACAUCUCGCUCGCACUAAUAUGCGAGUACGAGCGAGAUGCAUAGAAAGUAAGUUACAUUCUCGAUAGCGCUUAUGUCAGUGCCAAACUGAUGGUGGCACAUAGGAUAUAAAAACAGCUUAGGGUGGUAUUCCACCUGUACAAUUUCUUUGUCCAAUGUGUAUUUGCGUCUCACAUUUUGCUUAGUGAGAGAGUGAGACGCAAUGCACAUUGGAUCAAGAAAUCGGACAGAUGGAAUACCACCCCUAUGUAAACGAAGCAGCGUUGCACCAUAAUUUCAUAUCUAGGUGUUAUGAUGGUUUCAUAAUACGGAAACGUGUAAGAACUGGCCACCGGCCAAUAACUGGCCACCCUAAACUAAAAAUGAAUUCUAUUCUAUAAACAGAAUUCAUUUUAGUAUAAGGUUUCAAUAACCGGCCAGCCUUCAAUAGCCACCUUUAAAAUUAAUUCUGUUUAUAGGUGAAUAGAAUUCAUUUUUAGUUUAGGGUGGCCAGUUACUGGGGAAAGUGGGGAAUUACCCUACAUCACGAAAUAAUUUAAUUUCUCUGAAUUAAAAAUAAUCAGGAGAUUCAACUAGACUUGAUUUUCAUAAGCAUAAGGCCGACCUUCAUUUGUAACAGAAUGUUACGGUAAUUAUUAAGAAUUUUAUUUGUAGUCUUAUUUUAAUUUGUAAGAAUUUAGACUAAAGCAUAUUUAGAUUACGUUGUUUACUGAGAAAAUAUUCUUAGCUUUAAUAUUUUUAAUUUGUGUGCUUAGUAACAUAGCUUGGCUGAUGUAUUUUAUACUGAAAUUGUGGAAUUUCUAUAACGAUUGUAUUUUUUUUAGUUUUCUACGAAGGUUUGAUAUGUACCUUAUUUAAUGUAGUAAAUUAUGUAA